GAUCGAAUCCAUUUUUUCCACUCUACGGACUUUUAAUUUGGAACUCGGCGUUUCCGAAUACACUUCACCAAGGCGGCCAACAUGGCAGGAGGAAAAAAGAAAUCCUCGACUCUACCAUCAAGAAUUCAGAAAACACUUUCCUCCGUAUGGCAGGACAAACACAUGGUGUUGUUCAAAGCAGAGUACACGUUCUUGGUCACGGCCGUCCUUUGGUUCCUGGAAAUUGGGAUUAACAUAUGGGUGAUCCAAAGAGUUGAAUAUACAGAGAUCGACUGGAAGGCGUAUAUGGAUGAGGUGGAGGGAGUUAUUAACGGCACAUAUGACUACACACAGCUGAAGGGCGACACGGGGCCGCUGGUGUAUCCAGCUGGUUUUGUGUAUAUAUUCACUGGGUUGUAUUAUCUUACUGAUCAUGGACAGAAUAUUCGUUUGGGUCAGUAUGUGUUCGCUGUGUUCUAUCUCAUCACUCUUCUGCUUGUGUUCCGCAUUUACCAUUGCACCAAAAAGGUUCCUCCAUAUGUGUUCUUCUUCAUCUGCUGUGCUUCGUAUCGAAUUCACUCCAUUUUCGUCUUGCGUCUCUUUAAUGAUCCGGUGGCCAUGAUGCUGUUAUUCGGAGCCAUCAAUCUCUUCCUGGAUGGCCGCUGGACUCUAGGAUGUGCUCUCUACAGUUUAGCUGUGUCUGUGAAGAUGAAUGUUCUGCUCUUCGCUCCUGGUCUCCUUUUCCUUCUGCUGUGUGAGUUCGGUCUAUGGAAAACUUUACCUAAACUCACUCUCUGUGCUGUCAUUCAGCUGGUAUUGGGACUGCCGUUCCUCUUGGUGAACCCUGUUGGGUAUGUUAGCCGGGCCUUUGACCUGGGCAGGCAGUUUCUUUUUAAGUGGACGGUGAACUGGCGUUUUCUUCCUGAGGAUGUGUUCUUGAGUCGAUACUUCCACCAGGCUCUGCUUCUGGCUCACAUUACCACGUUACUUCUGUUUGUGCUGAAGAGAUGGAAGAGGUCUGGGAACAGUAUUUGGUCUAUUCUAACAGAUCCGUCUGAGAGAAAAGAGACUGUACACAAGCUCAAUGCUGAUCAGACAGUUCUGGUUCUUUUCACUUCAAAUUUCAUUGGCAUGUGCUUCAGUAGAUCUCUGCAUUAUCAGUUUUAUGUCUGGUACUUUCAUACGCUGCCAUACCUGUUGUGGAGUGGAGGAGUCAAGAAACUUGCCCAUCUGCUCAGGGUGUUGAUUCUGGGUCUGAUAGAACUGUCCUGGAACACGUAUCCGUCCACCAACUACAGCUCUCUAUCACUGCACGUCUGCCAUCUCAUCAUCUUGCUCUGUUUGUGGCUCAACCCGACUCCAGCUCUUCCGUCUCAGAAGUCAGAGAACAAGGCUAAGCGCCACUGAGCCCUGGCCUGCCCAGGGCACUCGCUGUGUGGGAUGAUCCCUGUCCUCCAGCCCCUGUCUGCAAGCUCCUGUACCAGAGGGACACGUAUGUAAGGACACUCUGCAGGACACCGGCCCUCCAGGACCGAGUUUGGGCACCCCUGUUCUUAUUAAUCUUAUGAUCUGCUUGCUGUUGGAUUUUUUUUCUUUUCUUUUUGCAAGACAUGGAUUUGCUUAAUCCAAAGUGUAGCCGAUAAUCAUAAUACAACUGUUGUUCAUGAUUUUAUUCCAUUUCCAAGGCUUUUGACAGCCUCACAGCUACGAAUGUCUGGGCAAAACCAGGUUGAAGGUACAGUGAACGAUUAAAGCCCUUACUGUUUGAAACAACAGUAUCUUAAAACCUGAGGAAGCAUCAUUUGGAAUCAUUCAGAGCAUUUUAUUGUAUAGAU